UUACAUACGACCGGAGAGUAUGCGAUAGCGCGACGUUGCCGGACCCGACCGUCUGAUCAGUUGUUUGUGGAAGGGGCUGGUCUGACAAAAAAGCGACGGCGAUGCCACCGCUGCGGCGUAUCGCGAGAUCGUGGCAACGGUGGCUCACCCACCUGCUGUGUCAUCCAGCCCGAUUGCCCGAACCCGACUCGCUUACCUCUCCCACCACCUCACCGACGACCCCUUCGCCUGUUGCUGCGUCACACCGAGACCCGCGCCCGAACACUUUUUCGUCGAACACUCGACUGUGCGCAGGUAUAACGUUGUCGGGACCAGCUUGUACGAGUACGACCACCAUCACCGCCGUCGCAUCAUAAUACAUACAGACACACACACACACAUACUAGAACAUGCAUCCAUCACAUUUAAAUAAUUCCUGGAGAAAUGUCAAUAAUUUAGGUAAACAUGCAGUGGAUAUGAAUAAUAUACAAAAUCAUAAUAUGAUGCCAAAUCCUGUGACACAACUGCCUCAAAGAAAUUUGUCAUUAACGAUGAAUGACAUAUUGAAUAACUACAUUGGUAGUCAAAAUUCAGAGAAUAGUUUCUUCACGUCUGGCCAUAAUUUGCCCCCACAAUCCAAUUUUCUGCCAGAAUUGAACUGUAAUAAUAGAAUACAUUCCAAUUUGAAUAAAUCUUACUUUCCUUUCAUCGACAAUGUAUCCGACAAUAGACCAAGGAAUAAUAUUAGUGGCCAAAAUUCUAACACUGUGUCCGACAAUAGACCAAGGAAUAAUAUUAGUGGCCAAAAUUCUAACACCGUGUCCAGUGUGCCUGCAGGCAGUUCUUAUGCCAAACCAAUGAAAACAUUUAAAUCAAAUGAAAAUGGCUUUAAAAUGAGAAAAAAGGAUUUCCCAGCAUUACCUGGGUCUCAAUUGCAAAAUAUCGGUAGUACUCAGUCUUCUAUGGGAGAUUUAAAUGAACAGAGUACAACAAAUAUUGAUUCUGGGGUGUUGAAUGAUGAUAAUAUGGAGCAAUACAUUCAUUUUAAAACAAGAAAGUUUAGCAGAAGUCAAUUAAAUACAGACUUCCAUAUGAAUGGCACUGCUGUACCACCUACACCAGGAAUUAAAAUUGACGAUGAUAAGGUUACCAACAUACCUAGCAGUAUGCUAAGUGAUCAAUUUGGAGUUAUUGGUUUUCUGGUUUCUUUAAAAGCUAGAGAGGAUAAUCCUGGUUUGGUGACAUUAGUUUAUGGAGAAGAUUUGACAACACUUGGUAUGAACAUGAAUUCCCCUGAAAACAUUUACCCGACAUUUGCUGGUCCAUUCCAAAAUUCUCCAUUAGGACCACAUAAUGGUGAUUUUGAUUUACCACCAGAAUACAGGAUUCAUGACAAAAUCAUGAAUAAUUUGGCUCCAAUCAAGUUGUCUAAGUAUCAGGAAGAUUUAUUGUUCUAUCUUUUUUAUACUUUUUAUGGAGAUGAAAAACAGAUGUGUGCUGCUAAUGAAUUGCGUAAACGAGGUUGGCGUUACCAUACAGGAUCUAAAGUAUGGAUCAUUCCUGCGCCUGGAACUAGCACAUUAAUAACAGAUAGUAACAUUAGAUAUGGCACAUUCUAUGUAUUUGAUCCGCAGUUGUGGUGCAAAGUGUUACGAGAAUUAAUACUUGAUGAAUGAUCAUUGAUCAUACCAUGUUGGAUGGAUAUAUUGCAUUAUGCUAUUUGCAUACUGUCUGGUAUAUAAACAAGAUAAGUUUGGUUUUAAUCGACAAAAUUAUUCGAUGUGUAAAUGUCAAUUAAUAUUUAUUUAUUUUUACUACCGUGACCUUGCACAAAAUCCGUCCAAAAUUUUAUAAUUAUUGUUAUUUCAUUAUCUUUUUUUUUUUUUUUUAAAUUUAUGUACUCUUAUAUUUUAUAAUAAGUUUUAUGGACAUCUGAUGACAAAUAUCUAG